AUGACGACCAUUUGUUUGACCAAUUAUUCAUCUUCGUACUUUGCAGGAAAUGUUACGAUCACCGUUAAGUGCGAGGGGUACAAAUGUUCAAAUCUGUUUCAAAGAUACGAACAUAAACUAAAAAAGCCCACUGGAGGCAAAAUUUACUUAUACAAUGGAAGCUCUUAUUUUACAUCUUAUUUGUAUAGCUAUGCUACUUUACAACCUGAGAACGGGUAUAAAUCGUCUGAGCUUGAGAAGGUGUAUAUAUAUGUCAAUCGGUUUGAUUCGAAUAAGAGUUUUCUUCUAUGGGCAUUUUAUUUUAAAAAUGGCAGUCCACCAGUUCAGAAUAGGUACUAUCCAUACUCUGACCUUAAUCCCGCACGAUCAACAACUAUGAACAUAACCGGAUUAAAUACGUUCAAAGAAGAAUCGGACAUACUGUGCGCGCUGCUACAGGAAAACGAUUCUCUACCCGGGUUAUUGACGUACGAUAUCAUGAAAAGGCCCGCCCCUAACAAUGGCAACGGCGGCACCAACUGCAAGUACAACUGCAACAAGAUCAGCGUUACGAACGACACAAGCACCAACGCGAACGGGAACGGGGAACCGAAAGUGGGCGCCGGGUUCACGCGAUAUAAACACACCCCGACUACCCUGAACAACGGGAACAACAACAACGGGGACAAACCCGCUUGCAUGAUAUACCGGUGCCAGACGCUCAUGGGCGGUAACGGCACCCAGGCCCAGACCCAGGAGCUCCCCGAAAUACAGGGCCAAAAAUACACGUGCGUAAGCGUAUACUUCGGGUGCAAAGCUAAGCGUAACGGAGCGGGUGCCAGCACGGCCGGUAAGAGCGCCGGUGCGUGCCCGGCACCCACUACUAGUGGGAGCGAGGGUGCCGCGUGUAAACCGGGUUCCAGUACCUGCUCCCCAGCUACCGGCGAGGGUACGUGCCCGCCCGCACCCACCGAACCCACCUCCCCGUGCAACCAGGACGUCCCGCUGCUCCUGGAACUGCACAGGAACGGCACGAACGGUGCUAGUGGCGACAACAACCCCCAGUACUACGCGCAUUUCCGUAGUACCAACGGCGCCCAGAAAAACGGUAACGGCCCCGAUAAGUACUACUGGGUACAGCUCCCCUGUGGGAAUGGCGCUGAUGGACGCACGAACGGUGACUGUGUGCUGAAGAACCUGCUGGAGGAUAUUGGUUUGCACACCAAGAAACAGAACGGGGCGAGCCAUAACGGGCACGAAACGCUAAAACAACUGCUAAAACAGGCGUUGAAGAACGGCGUAACGGAAGCCCAUAACGCCGACUUGUCCACAGAGCUACAAAAAAUGACAGGCCAGAACCUAACCAAACUGCUCGGCCAGCCUGUGAACGGGUCCCCAGGGGAGAACGGCCGGCAGAACGGCCAGAACACCCUAAUAACACUACUGCUCAAACGAAUCGAGUUCAACGUUACGGACUCCGUAGUGGUUCUGCUGGACAAAAAGUGCAAGAACGGGGGCCAUAACGGGGGCCAGGACGGCAGUUACGGCGACCCCGAAAUCUCCACCGCCGUCUCCAACCUGGAACCCAACGGACGCGGAACACGAGUCAACCGCCUGAAACUGAACGGUGCGGGCGGCGGCACCAAGAUAACGGUGACCGACGUUACUACCAGUAACGGCGACCCAAACCCGGUGUGCCAGUGCCUCGCCAAGUGCCUCAAGAAAUACGGGUACUGCGUAAUACAGCACGAUUUUUCCCAGGCCGUCAAUACCAAACUGGGCCAGGGGUGCUCGGCGGGCCUGCGUUUGCUGAUACCGGCCAGGGAUAACGGGCGUGGUAACGGUGGCGUGGGAACCAACGGCCAGAACAACACCAAGUACCGGGAGCUCAAACUUUACCCGAGCGAUAAACAGACGGACCCUGCGCACCUGCAGUACCUGUACUACACCAAGGGCGCGGGUUCGGAAGGGUCGGCCGCCUGCACGACCGCCUGCACUACCUCUACGACCGGCCACACCUGCUCCAAGACCCAAAACGCCCAGAUAUGCUCCAGGCUGUACGUGGUGUUUUACAAAAGCGUGGGUGGCACGAGUACGGGCGGUAACACGGGCGACCCUAGACCACUACUACUGGGCUACGGAGGCUGCUGGUACCGCCCCAAGGACAAGAACGGGUAUUUCGACACGUGGGUCCAAAUACAGGGCGUGGAGAAGACGGGCGCGUGCGAGUGCUCGGACGGGGGCGCAGGUGCGAACUGCCAAAAACACGAGAAACUACUCUGCGAGCUAACAAAAGUGGUCGGUUUCUUGAACACCGUCGACCUGUUCCAGCACCCGAACUCAGGAGGGGAGGCCGGUCAGACCCAGUGCCAGCCCGGUCAACAGGGCGCCGGUACCCCUACCCAGUGCCAGGCCGCCCCUACCAGUGGCCAAACCACCUGCCAAAGCGAGACCAGUGGCACCGCUAAGACGUGCACGUACGAGGUGCACAAGUUCGAUGGCAAGCCCAUCAGAGUUCAGGUCACCUGCCAGGACGUACCGACCACACAGCCGCCCACCGCCAGUUCGGGGUGCUACAAGAAGCUCACCCACAAGCCGGCCGGGUUGGGAAACGGGUCCGGCGACGCGUCCAGUGCCUCUAACGGCGCCACGGGGUUUAGACUGGGCGACGUCGUCUACCGCGGGAACGGGUGCACCGGCGGCAAACCUCAAGGCACCAUCAAGUACUACGGGAACGGCGACCCGAACGCCCUCGCCGCCCAGAACAACAAAUGGUCACCCCUACUGCAGGUAACCGUGUACUACUACAAACACGACACGGGGCACUGCGAUCCCCUGCUCGUCGAACUGGAGUUUGCCAAGGUGGCGGCUAACGGGCUACAGAACGGCGCCAACGAUAACAAGGAGUACUAUUAUCUCAAGGAACGCAACGGGUCUGGCGGAAAGUUGGUGUGGGAAAAGGACUCGGGCGCCUCCGAAAAGGUCAAGCCGGGGUGCCUGACCCGUUACUUGGACGGUAUACGCUACUGCCUCAAAAAGGUGGUGCGGAUACGCCUGGAGUGCAAGGGCACGAACGGGGGCCAGGGGUACGCGCUGGAGGGCCGUAACGCCAAAAACGGACAGGGCCAGUUCUCGCCUAUUAAAAACGGCGUUCCCCCUACCAACGGGAAAAUCGACGUUAAAGUAUGCGAGUGCCAGUGCCCCGCCCUAACCGCUCGAAAGUACAAGUGCCUGAAACACGGGCUUACAGAGGCGCUAAAAUCCGUCCACUACCAGGUGGCCGGGCUGGUUUUUACAUUGCCCGGGAGAAACGGCGAUACGUCCGCAGGAGGCAAGGCGGUGGAGAUCCCGCUGUAUUCGGCGGCGGGCUCUGAAGAGCAGGGUUUAGGGUCGAGUUGUUCCACCGUUCCAGGUCAGCCCAGCGUGCCUGCCGCCCCGGAGACCUGCCCGCCCGCCUCGAAACUCGUUAAACCCGGCCAACCCAUCACCACCCUGUACAACAGCUGCAUGGGCGACGUGUACGUGUAUUUUUACGCGAGCGGGGGCGGUACGAGCGGGUCGGACACUGAUACCGUCCCGCUGAUGCUCCGGUACAACGGGUUUUUUUACAAGCCGGAGAGCCGCGAUUGUUAUUUCGACCGGUGGGUCUGCGUCGACGCACUGGCCGCCACUAAGGGCUGGUGCUGCUGCCCCGGCCAGGACACUGCUCAGGAAACCGAUUGCACAGGCGAUUGCCAAACACUGGCCGACCAACUAGACUCCGUGAACGAGUGCCUGAACCGCGUAGACCUAGACAAGUCCAGUAAGACCAACGGUUCGGUCGCGGGACAGGGGUACGGCCUCCCCGAGAGCAACGGGGGCAACGGGGGCCAUAAACUGGCCGACUCGGUGGGCAACGUCCGGGUGUGCCUGACCAAGCAGACACCCGCGGGUACCGACGCCAAGAAAGCCUACGUGAAGGUCGUCCACCGCACGAAGAACGGGUUUCGAAUAGGCUGCCUGACCUAUUGCGGGAAGGAGAUCACGCAGGACGGGGUGACCCCGACCGCCCUGAGCAACGGCCAGUGUAACGGGCCGGGUAGCCCGGGCGUGGGAGCCACCUGUAACGGUGGGAGUGCGGCCGAUGCGGGGGCAACGGGUAAUGGCGCGAUCAGGGUCGCUAAAGGCACCGGUGGACCCAACGGCAACGGGAACCACAAAAACCUGGUCACCACGUGUGGGUGGAACACGGUGGUCGUUUACUACUCCACGAGCGACAAAUGUUACUCGUUGCCGCAGCUGAUCGUGCUGCUCAGGACGGAUAGCAAGGUGGAGGGUCAACAGACGGUGACCACUAAAACCGGCAAGUACGGCUACUACUUGCUCUAUAACGGGGGUCGUGGCCCCGGGCACCGGUUGGAGUACAAGUGGGUCGAGGUUGGCGGUGACGACAAAUCGGGUGUCACACUCGACGAUGCGACUGAUUUCUCAUUACUAAACUCAGCAGUGAUAUUGCUGGAACGGACGGUCGGCAAGAGCGGCGGGAAGUACAACGAUGAACAGAUCAACCAGGCCGUAGAGAGCGCCAUUCAAAACAAAUCUUUAAAGGAGUCACCCGGCUACACUGGGCAGGUUAACCGCCUCACCGGCAAAGACAUUACGGUUAAGGACGAGACAGAAACGGGUGGAGCGACCCACAAGUGUCUUGAGGGUACGGGGUUCAAGGUUAUGACCCACGAUCUGACCCCGUUUGUCAAGCUUAAUGGGCCUUUUAAGGACAAGCUUAACGGGGUGACGCUCAUCACGGGACUAAAGUUCGUGAUACCCGAUUCCGGCGAAACUGGCUCCUACAAGUCAGUCAAGCUGUGCCCCAACGGUGACGAUACCAGCUGCUCGAACGAGGAGCGCCACUACUACAUAAACGGCAAUAACAAAAUCCGCGUGUUUUUUUACGGUUCAGAUCCGCGACCAUUGAUACUGUGCUACGGCAGUAACGUUUACACCCCCAAGGACAAGAACGGGUACAACCUACAACAGUGGCAAAGGCUACAGGAGGUAACAAAGUGUGUUUGCAAUGGCCAGGUAACUAGCGGCGAUUCAAACGAGAAGCUCCUAAAGGCGCUUGUAACCACCGUGGGCUUUUUGAACACCGUCGAGUUGCAGCUGUACCCGGGUAUGAGUAACGGAGCCAAAAGCACGUGCGAGAACGGUCAACAAAGCCCCGGUACCGCUACCGAGUGCAAAAACGGCGCCAACAACACGUGCAAGUACGCGGUCCACAAGUUUGAUGGCAAAAAGAUAUUGGUCCAUAUGACAUGCGAGCCCGUGUCUUCAACCGGUUCCAGCUGUUACAGCAGGCUCACCCACGUACCGCUAGGGACGGAAAACGGCGCAGGAAACGGCAACGGAUUCAGGCUAGGAAAUAUAGUACACACCGCCGACAAAUGCAAGCUGGACUAUUACAAUACUGGGAACAAUGUCAGCGACGAGAACAAGUGGAAGCCCCUCGUGGAGGUUAUUGUGUACUACUACAACGAGGACACAACUUACUGCGAUCCACUACUGGUGGUUUUGGAGUUCAAGCCUAACGGGGCUGACAGCACAAACGCCAAGGAAUAUUACAAGCUAAAGACCCGCAAUACAGACAGUAUGGAGUGGGAAAAAGACCAGGAGGCCAAAUGCGUCGUAGAUAACUCGGAAGAGCUGGUCAAACACCUCGACUCCAUCAGGCUGUGUCUUAAACAGGUUGUCCGGAUACGCCUCGAGUACAACGGGACAAACAGCAAUAAUAAGUACGCGCUUAUGGGCAGGUCCGGUAAAGACAGCACCAAAAACGGUUUUAACACUCCUAUUAACGGCACCGCUCCUGGUAGCGAGGUUAAAGUCGAUGUCUGCGAGUGCCCAGGAUGCCAACCCCUGUCUGGCCGCAACUACAAGUGCCUGAAACACAAACUGGUGGACGCGCUGGAUAACAAACAACACCAAGUAGCAGGACUGGUUUUUACUCUCCCCGGUACAAACGGGGUUGGAGGCGCUGGAGACAAGCCGAUUGUUAUCCCGCUUAUUGGAGCUAAAGGCCAAAAAAACGCCCAAACGAGCUGUUCGGCUAGUCCGCCCGCGGCUGGUCCGCCAGGUGGUACGACAUGUUCACCCGGCGCCAAACCAGAACCAGAAAAAUCCACUACGUUGCUGUACAACAAAUGCAUGGGCGACAUAUGCGUUUACUUCUACGCGAGCGGGGGCGGUACAAGCGGGUCGGAGACGGACACAGUGCCGCUGAUGCUGCACUUUAAUGGGCAAUUUUACAAACCAGAAACCCGCGAUUGUUAUUUCGACCGGUGGGUCUGCGUCGACGCACUGGCCGCCACUAAGGGCUGGUGCUGCUGCCCCGGACAGGACGCUGUCCACGGCGCCGAUUGCCAAAAACUCGCCGAUGAACUCGACUCCGUGAACGAGGCGCUGAACCGGAUCGACCUCGACCCCGAGAAGGCCAAGAAGGCAAGCUCAGGUACUGGAUACGGGCUCCCCGAUAAUAACGGGGGUGGCAGUAUAAAAGGUUAUAAACUGUCCGAAUCUGUGGGCAACGAGCGCGUCACCCUGAAGGAGCAAAAGGGUCCCUCAGCCGACCCCGCCUACAAGCGCAUUAUACACCGUACGAAGAACGGGUUUUGGAUCGGCCAGCUGAUGUACAACCAGAAGGAGAUAGUGACACAGGGCAUAACCCCGAACGGUACUGCAGGUGCACAGAACGGUUCGGAGACCAAGAUCCCUGUCUCGAGCGGCACCACCAAAGACAACGGGAACCACACCAAACUCGUUAGCGCAAACAAGUGGAACACGGUGGUAGCGUACUACUCUUGCACCGAUAACGAUCUCAAGCUCCCGCAGCUGAUUGUCAUCUUGAAGACAGACAAAAAGGUUCAGAACGGCGACGACACAGUGACGGGAUCCGGCAAGUACGGCUACUACGUGAUCUCGAGCGCGGGUACCGCCGGAACAGAGUACGAGUAUAAGUGGCGCCUGGUGGAAAACGGCGAAUUGACCCAAUCGGGUGUCAAGCUGGACGACAAAACUGAUUUCUCAUUACUAAACUCAGCAGUGAUAUUGCUGGAACGGACGGUCGGCAAGAGCGGCGGGAAGUACAACGAUGAACAGAUCAACCAGGCCGUAACUAAGGCGGGUUUGACAUCUCCAGGGAAUAAGAAGGGCCAGAUAAAUAGGCUAAAUGGUAGGGAUAUUACUGUCGAAGACGAGACAAAAACGGGUACCCACCAGUGCCUCAAGGACACCGGUUUCAAGGCGAUGAGCCACGAUAUCACUAAGCUGAUAGAACUGGACGGAAAUCUCAAGGACAACCUGUCUAACGUGACGCUCAUAACGGGCAUCAAGUUGCUGAUACCCACAGCCCUUGGAUGCGGCGAGUACAAACGGGUGACGCUCAAGGACAAUAACACGGGCGGUGUCGUUCUCAGUAACGGGUAUACCGACGCCAGCAUCAAGUACCAUCAGAAAGGCCAGGAUAAGGUGUGUGUGUUUUUUUACAGCUGCGACCCGCGACCGCUCCUGGUGUGUUACAACGGGUGGGCGUACGCGCCCAAAGACAAGAAAUGCUACUUCGACGAGUGGGUCAAGGCAAAAGAGGUAACGGAGUGCAAAUGUACAGACUCACCGUCUGAUAAUUGCAAGAUCCUGGUGGCGCUGGUCAAGGUCGCCGAUUUCCUCAACCCGGUGCGACUUCAAAUCACUCCACAAUCCGGCGAGGUACGAAGGCUCAGUACCGGUAAAUCCAGGUACUACUACGUGCACUCGUUUGACGGCCAGGGCAUAAGGAUCGGGAUAGAAGCUCAAAAGGCCGAUGAAUCGUUUUGUUACAACGGGUAUACACACACGCAUUCUGGCGUUGGAUGCGGCGGACAGGGGUUCCGCCUGGGCGAUAUUUGGCACGGCAAAAAAUGCAUCAAGGAAAACGGAUCCACUACAAAAAGUUCCAAUGGAAACGGCACGUGCAUUUCAGCCUCCGAUGUCAACGACUCCAAAAACCACAAAGCUUCCCCCGAGGUCGUCGUUUUUUACUACAAAGGCGACAAAAACCACGAGCACCCCCUGCUCGUCGCGCUUAGGAACCCUGCCUGGUGCUUUUACUAUAAUACAUACUUUGAGCUCACGAAGAAGUUUGACCCGGGCCAGCAGAAAAAGUACACAAAAAACAAGAACGGCAACGGAAUAGACCUCGGUAACACCAGCCCCGACGGCGAGCUGGCCAAAAAGCUCGACUCUAUACUGUUCAAGAUUAGCAAGAAACUGCAAAUCGUGCUGAGCACGCGCCCCGUGCCGACCGAGUACAAGCCCGGCCAGAACGGGUUAAUCACUGACGUUUUUGAUACCGGCACGGGCGACAAGAGUUCAAACCAAAAGGCGGCGAAACAGUUAUUCGACGUAAAAACCAGGAUACUCAAAGAGGUGGCCGAUGAACUCGAAAAAACCUCUAAGACAACAGCCACCAACGCCCUUACAACCGGCAAGCCCCUCGCCACUAGGGACGCGCUGCUGCACCAUGUGACCCUUAAGGCCAGUUAUCAGGCCAAGCUGUGCGACAACAAAGGGCAACCCUCAGCCCCGCCCGAACCCAAUGCUACCGAAAUCCCAGUGGAGGAAGUGAACUGUCCCGGCCUGAAACCAGGGGGGUACCGCUGUUUCAAACAUGACCUCGUCAGCGCCAACCAUAUCGAGUCGGUGGGCGGGCUGGUCCUGCGCGUGUUCGCCAAACAUACGGGUGGUGGACCGGGUACCCAAAGCGCAAAUGGCAAGUGCCAGCCCUGCCCCAAGCAGGGAGAAGGCCAGGGUAACGAGGGCCUAGAGUUGUGCACCGGCCAGACCACGAGUGACGGCGAAACCGGGUGCAAAAACGGCAAAAACGGGUGCAAAAACGGCAAAAACGGCCAGUCAGUACAGCUGUCGUACACCACCUGUAAGGGCAAUUUGUACGUGUUCUUCUACGGCGAGGACCCCAGGCCGCUGAUGCUGUGCUACAAUGACCACGCGUACCGGCCCGUGUGCAUGGACGAGUAUUGCAAGCAGUGGGUUAGGGUGGGCAACGGCGCCCAAAAAGCGGUCAGUUGCUUUUGCAGUGACCAGGGCCAACAAACGGGCAGGAAGGGUGAGCCCAAGUUCAACACGCCGGCGCUGCUCCCCGAGCUCUACAGGGUGUCCGUGCUCCUGAACCCCGUUUAUCUGUGCCUAACCCAGCGUGCCAUCAGUACGCUGAAGCCGAAGCGGCCCGAUCAGCAGCCGGGAUCGGCGGACGGGUCUUCAAGCGCGUCAGGCCCCCAAGCCGCCGCCGACGACUACACCUACCUAACCCACAACUACCCGCCCGACCCGGUUCGGGUGCGCGUCACCACCCAGGACCUGCAGUGCUACCGGCGCUACACGCACAAGCCGGAGCACGAGGGGUUCAGGCUGGGCCGGGUGACGUACGCCCAGCCGCCCUGUCCCGAGGGUGCGGGUGCGGGUCAGGGGACGGGCGCGGUGAACGGGCCCUCUUGCCCAUCCUCGCCCGCCGCCACCACCGCCCCUACUACUACCACCACCACUACCCAGGCGUUCUGCUUCAAGUACGCACCCGAAAAACAACUGCAAACCGUGUGUACGUACUACUACAUGUACGACUGCGCCCACUAUUGGCCACUGGUGGUCGAGCUCGGCUUCAAGGGCCGGCCGAGCGAGUGGUGGCGGUUGUGCUCCGGGCCACAGGAAGGGGGUGGUAACGUAGCUAAUACGGGUGGUAGCGGUAACGGAGGGGGUGGCUCCACCGCCGCCUCCACCGGCAACGGGUCACCCACUACCUCCUCUGACUCGUCUGGCCCGGCGCCCUCGAAGCCGCCUACCACCGGGCUGAAGUGGGUCCCGAUGACCGCCCGCCCCGGUCAGACUGGUACGGGUGCGGGUCAAACGGGCACGGGCGCGGGCCACACGAAUACAGGGACGGGCACAGGGACGGGGGACAGCUGUUCCGACGCCCAGUCCCCCCAAAACGGGGCCGCCAAGCCCGCCGCUACCCAACCCGGGGCUAACGGUGACUGCCCCGAGUGCCCGCCCCCUGGAGCUGCUGCUACGGGUACGGGUGGCGCCCAACCCGGCCAUAACGGCAACGGCCAUACCACUACCCAGAACAACAACGGCAACCACGCCCAGAACGGCAACGGCAACAACGGCACCGCCCACACCACGGACCAAACCUCCCAGGAACAGCGCGAAAAGCGCGAACAAACGUGCGCGCGCGACGCCGCGUUUGCCCGAGACGCCCGGGAAAUAGAAAACAAACUGGGAAAAACGGUGCUCGGCAUACCUGCCUACCCCCGCAACUACCCCGGGCUCGAGAUUGAUCUGCGGGAACUCAUAGAACGGCGCGCCUACGAGAUACGCAAGUCGUUGGGCAUCGAGUACGGUUCCAAGGAUAAGGGCAGGUUGAUAAUGGAAACGGAUAGUAACUGCCAGGAGGAGUCGAUAAUGGCGUACUUGGUGGGCGGGGGCGUGUUCGGCGCGGCCGGCGGCAGCGGCUGGAAGUUGGUGACGAUGGUGACGGGGAUGACGAGAAUAGCAAUUCUGGAAGCAAAAAUUUGUGACUGGGCGGCAAUUUCAACAAAUUGCCAACAUAAGUCGCUGGAUUUACAAACACUAUGA